CUGGCGGUUAACAAAUAUUGCGGGUAAAACUCCUUGACCCUGGUUGGGUUCUUGUGGCGACGCGUUCGAAACUCGGGAUCAACACCUAGGGUUUGUGAGUGAAGUGAGCCGAACGACCUCUGUUUUCCCCCUUCCGCCAUGAAAUCCCAAACCCUAACAAUGAGAAAAGAAGAAGAAGAAGCCGAAGCCGAUGCUAGCCAGCCGGAGUUCGCCUCCGCCAUCACCAGAGUCGCGGUGGCGCAGAUCUGUCAGUCGGUGGGCUUCAAGGCGACGCAGAGCUCGGCCCUCCGGACUUUAACGGAUGUCGCCGGCAGGUACCUACGCGCGCUGGGGGAGUAUGCCACCGCCUCCGCCGCCUCUUCUGGCCGGACCCAGUCCAACCUCUUCGACAUCGCGCUCGCCAUCGAACACCUCAGCUCCGUGCAAGGCUUUCCCGGCGCCUCUGUCGUGAACCGGCCCCUCGUGGCCUCCUCCACCCUCUCCGAUCUCGCCGAAUUCGUGAAAUACACCGAUGAAAUCCCCUUCGCGAAGCCCAUUCCCCGCUGUCGCCCGCCUGUUAAUGCGCCUCGCGGUCCUCCGGAUCCGGCGAAUUCCAGGCCUUUGCCUCCGCAUAUUCCGUCGUGGUUGCCGCCGAUUCCGGACAUCGGCACUGACGAGACCGCCAUUAUUAACAGUAAAGAGAACCUAGAACUGGAGACGAGCAUUACUACCGUUACUGGUAAAGUGGAUGAGACAAAAAGGUGGGAGUUGCCGGAAAAGCGGGGGAGAGUGCGAUUUAGGAUGGGUUUGGGUGCAGGUUCGGAGCGUUUUGGUGUGGGUACGAGGAGUGGAGUUUGCAGAGGAGGGAAAAGCGUUUCGCCAUGCCAAACUAGUAUUAGCAGCAGCACCACCACCACCACUAUUGAUGCAGAAGGAAGAGACCAUAGCAACAAGAAGAAGAGCACUGCCAUUGUUGUACAUCAAUAGGCCGAAACAGAAAGAUAACAUCCCAACAGAUAGGCCGUUGUUUCUGAACUUUCUCGGUGGUUUCGGAAUACUUUUACAUCCCCAAAAAUCCUAGUGAAGUUUGGUGUACGAGGUUUGUGAACUAGCGCGCCAAAAUACAGAUGAAUGUGACGAUUUAGGAAGUUCAAACUGAGGGCAAUGGCAUGUAUUUGUGAAUUUGCAGCAGCUAUUUACCAUGGCCUCGCAGACUGUAAGUUGAAUUUUCUCAAACAAUCCUUCGGAAUUUUCUUAUGAUCUGCUUUCGAUUGGAAGAAAGCUGAAUUCUGGGGUGAGAUCAACUGGGAAGCUGUAUCCCGAGGUUAUCUGCGCACUGAUUUGGCUUAUUUUUGGCCUAGACCUAGAGGACGCAAGCAUCUUCAAUGUCAAUGGUGCAUUUGGGCAUUGAAGCGAUGUACUGGGUUUUUGGUGCUCGAUCAGCAGUUUCUGUUGCCUGUUGGAGCUAUUAGACUGGAUUUGGGGGCUUGAACAACGGUUUCUAUCAAUGGUAAGGCUGCACAAAAAGACGACUCUCUACUGUACUGUGUGAGUUGAAAGUCAGUGUGGUUUCUGAUCUCUAGAAGAAGUUUUCUAAGGGUGCUUUUGAUUGCAAACUUGGGUGAAAAUAAAAUAUUUUUUAGAUAA